AUGGGGGGUACUUAUAGAAAGGAGAGAGGUGUUGGUUGGUGGCUAAACAAGGCAAUACAACCAGCCAAUAAGGCUGGUUGCAGUUACUUGGUGGAGAAUGUUCACAGUUUACUGAUGUCGAAUAGAACCGAUCCUGCUUGGAAGUAUUCAAAGAGACAUGAAGAUACUAAGUUCAGGUUCACAUGUAAUUUUUGUAACAAAGUGGUUACUGGGAGUGUUUACCAAGUGAAGCAUCAUUUUGCUGGAGGAUACCCUGAUGUGAUUUCAUGUCCUAAUUGCCCAGAACCAGUUAAAGAGGAGAUUAGGGCAUUUAUGUGUAAAAAAAAGGAGACGGCGUCUAGCAUAGCUCCUCUUCCAGAUUUUGAUGAAAUGAGCAAUGAGGAGGACAUUGAUGAGGAUGAGUUUAAUGUACAAUCGAAGCCCCCUCCUAAGAGGCCUGCUGCCACUGCUACCUCCGGCUCCAAGUUCCAACUUAAGAAGCCAAAGACCAAAGGGCCUAUGGAUGCUUAUAUCACCCCUGACCCAGAGAUCGAGGUAGAGAAUAGGAGAAGUGGUAAACAACCUAAAGUUGACGAUAAUACACCACAAAAGAAGUUAUUGAAAGAGCGGGCUCAUCAAGCUAUUGCGAGGUGGAUUUACGAUGCUGGAAUACCUCUUAAUGUUGUCAAUGUGGAGUCCUUUGAACCGAUAAUUGAGGCUAUUGGGCAAUAUGACCCUGGUUUAACACCGCCGACUUAUUAUCAAGUGCGUGUCCCUCUUCUUAAAAAAGAGGUGGAAAAUGUGAACAAACAAAUGGAGGACCACAAGAAGGAGAGAGAGGAAAAUGGAUGCACUCUUAUGUGUGAUGGAUGGACGGAUCGAAAGAAUAGGUCAUUGAUAAAUUUUUUGGUUAACUGUCCUAAAGGUAGCAUGUUUAUUGAAUCGGUUGAUGCAUCGAGUCGUUCCACAACUGGGGACAGCAUGUAUAGGUUGCUUGACGAGUAUGUGGAGUGA